AUGGGGUACAGAGCGUCAUUACUACCCUCUGGUACCAAUAUUCUUCCUUUUGUACCUAUUUUCCUCUACUUUGCCGCAAUUGUAUUCUCAUGGGUUAACUACGGUGUGUUCUUUCGCAACCGCGUGAGUGUCUACGGGUUGUCUCUAGUAGGAGCCCAUCUUGCCUUCUGUAUAGUUGGAACCGUCUUCUACGUGAUUGUUAGUAGUGUGCUCUGGGUGCGUGCAGCCCGCUAUACUAACAAGUCGUCGCAACGAAUACGUUUCAUUCUCUUGGGUAUUAGUGGUAUGUUUUUCAUGAAGGAUAUACCUCUAUUCGUGGUGGAAUGUGUCGCAACAGUGCAAAGUGGGUGGUUAAGUGGUUACCAAGGUUUCUGUUUCGUUGUCCAGUUUUGUUUCUUUCUUUUGUCUCUUAUUAUUACCUGGCUUUCUUUUAUAUGGCUCAUCACUACUUUUAUUGAGUGUCAUUGGGGUAGAACUGAUAUGCAAGAACGUCGUUCAUUGGGGAAGGCAUUGUCAUACCCAGUACCGGCACCUGUGCCUCCACCUCCCAUUAUGAUUCAAGAAGAACCCUAUGGUCGUAACACAGACCCAGGAUUUCUCGUACAGGUGAAUUCUCCGCGUCAGGUAUCUGGUUCCCGUGACCAAAAUAAGUCUAGAAUAUCUUUAGAUCAAUGGAAGGACCCCAAUGCAUAUAUUUAG